AUGUCACCAAGAAGGACAAGGCACCGAAGUCAUGUCCAAAGGCAUAAAAUAGAUUUGAAGAAAGAUGCUGGAGAAGCCCAAUGGAGUGCUCAGAAUAAGGUUGAGAGAACUCUUAAGAAGAUGACCUCUACCCCAUUUGUAUGGGCUCUGCGUCUGGAAGAUCCUCCGAGCAAAUUCUCCCCUCCAACAUUUGUCAUAUACGAUGGAAAGACGGAUCAUGUGGCACACAUAUCCGCGUACUCACGCAAGAUGGCUUUGUGGACAAAUCGAGACGGACUUAUGUGUAAAAUGUUCCCAUCAAGCUUGGGGACCACAGUAAUAAAGUGGUUCCAUCAGCUUCCAGAAAACUCAGUUUCAUCUUGGAAGGAGUUGGCACAGAUCUUUGUGGCAAGGUUCAUAGCGAACAGUAGAGAUCCGACAACUUUGGAUACUCUGUUUGCCUUGCACCUGAGGAAGGGAGAAUCUCUCAGAACCUAUGCAUCUAGGUACUCAAAUACUUAUGCAGAUAUUGAAGAUUGUGAUGUGAAGACUGCUGUGACUACCUUCAAAUUGGGGCUGCCACGGGAUCAUAAAUUAUGGGAGACCUUGACUAUGGCACCACCAAGGAAUAUGAGUGCAUUACAAGAUAGGAUAAAGCAGUAUGUCAAGCUUAAGGAAGAUAAGCAGGAGGAUCAUCAAUUAGCCUACCCUCAGGAAGGAGUCCAGAGAAAUGAUAACAUAAAACCUGACAAAAACGGACGAGAAAAUGAGUCAUCCAAGGCUGCAAAGCCUGAUUCAUAUGAAGCUGGCAAAAAUGUUCAUGGAACUUGGAAUAUCUCCAGGGAAUUCUAA